AGCUUUUACACACUUCCCAAACAAAACCCAAACCACUUGAAUAUAUCAGUCAAAGGCAACCAAAUUCAACAAUGCCACCACUGCUUUCUCAUUCCUCCUCUUCACUCUCCCUCCUCCGUCCCUUCCUCCCUAUCAGAUUCCAUUUCUACCCUCCCCCUUUCGUCAAAUCCCAAUUCUGCCCUCUAUCACCUCCUGCUCACCUCUUCAAACCCUCCCUGUCACGCCACGUCAGCACCAGCUCCUUCCCUUCUAGCAGAGGUAGUAGUAGUAGUGUUUCCAUGGAGUCAUCCUCACCAGAACCAACUGUGUCACUCGACUCCGUGACGCAGGAUUUAAAGAAUCAAACUUUAGGUCCUGAUGAUGUUAGUAAGGCUAAAUUGAAGCUUGAAGAUCUCAACUGGGACCAUUCUUUUGUUAGAGCAUUGCCCGGGGAUCCAAGGGCUGAUACAAUUCCACGUCAGGUGAUGCAUGCUUGCUAUACGAAAGUGUUACCAUCUGCUGAAGUGGAGAACCCUGAGCUUGUUGCUUGGUCUGAUUCUGUUGCUGAUUUAUUUGAUUUGGAUCCUAAAGAAUUUGAAAGGCCAGAUUUUCCCCUUUUGUUUUCAGGGGCUUCUCCUUUGGUUGGAGCGUUGCCAUAUGCUCAGUGCUAUGGAGGACAUCAAUUUGGGAUGUGGGCAGGUCAGCUGGGUGAUGGUAGGGCAAUAACACUUGGGGAGGUUGUAAAUUCAAAGUCUGAAAGGUGGGAACUGCAACUUAAAGGUUCCGGGAGGACUCCGUAUAGCCGUUUUGCAGAUGGCCUUGCGGUUUUGCGUAGCAGCAUUAGGGAAUUUCUUUGCAGUGAAGCAAUGCACUUUCUAGGAAUCCCGACAACUCGUGCGCUUUCUCUCGUGACAACAGGAAAAUAUGUCACCCGUGACAUGUUUUACGAUGGCAAUGCAAAGGAAGAACCUGGUGCUAUUGUUUGCCGAGUUGCACCAUCCUUUCUUCGGUUUGGUUCGUACCAAAUACAUGCCUCUAGAGGGAAAGAGGACCUUGAAAUUGUUCGUGCUUUGGCAAAUUAUGCCAUCAGACAUCAUUUUCCUCAUAUCGAGAACAUGAAUAAAAGCGAGAGCUUAUCUUUUAGUACAGGUGAUGAAGAUCAUUCAGUUGUGGAUCUGACCUCAAACAAGUAUGCAGCUUGGACAGUGGAGAUUGCUGAACGGACUGCUUCUAUGAUCGCAAGCUGGCAAGGGGUUGGCUUUACACAUGGAGUAAUGAACACUGACAACAUGAGUAUACUGGGUCUCACCAUUGAUUAUGGUCCCUUUGGAUUCCUGGAUGCCUUUGAUCCUAGUUUCACUCCAAACACCACGGAUCUUCCAGGAAGAAGAUACUGUUUUGCAAAUCAGCCUGAUAUUGGUUUAUGGAAUAUUGCACAGUUCACAGCUACCCUUUCAACUGCCAAGUUGAUUAGCGAUAAGGAGGCAGAUUAUGCCAUGGAAAGAUAUGGAAACAAAUUCAUGGAUGAGUAUCAAGCUAUGAUGACUAGAAAACUUGGCCUUCCAAAGUACAAUAAACAAUUGAUCAGCAAACUCCUUAAUAAUAUGGCUGUGGAUAAAGUUGAUUACACAAAUUUCUUCCGGUUGCUUUCCAAUGUUAAAGCAGACCCAAAAAUUCCAGAAGAUGAGUUGUUAGUUCCCCUGAAGGCUGUUCUUUUAGAUAUUGGACAGGAGCGCAAAGAGGCAUGGAUGAGCUGGGUGCAAUCCUAUGUGCAUGAGCUGGCUGCUAGUGGGAUCUCAGAUGAGCAGAGGAAGGCCCAAAUGGAUUCGGUAAACCCCAAGUAUGUUCUCCGAAACUACUUGUGCCAGACUGCCAUUGACGCAGCUGAACAAGGUGAUUACACAGAGGUCAGGAGGCUCCUUAAAUUAAUGGAGAGGCCGUAUGAUGAGCAGCCUGGAAUGGAAAAAUAUGCUCGCCUUCCACCAGCCUGGGCUUAUCGGCCUGGUGUUUGCAUGCUUUCAUGCUCUUCAUGAGUUGCUUGAUCUUAUUGAAAGUAGUCUUAAGACAUGUAUGUAAUAGUAGAAUCAAGCUCUUGUCCUCACAAUAAACUGCAGUAACAUGGAAACCUUGUUUGUCUAUGCUGUUAUAACAGGUCAAGUUGGAAAGGUAUUAUUUAUUUAUUUAUUUUUAUUUUUUCUUAUCACAAUGGUUGUAAUCUUGUUCAUGGAUAAUAUGGAGACUGCUUGAGUUUCUUCAAUAUUAUAGACACGUGAGUAUA